AUGGCUCUAAAUGACCAAGAGCCAAACCAGCACCAACCCUCCAUGUGGCUGUGGCAGUCCCGGAGGAGGGUGUCCCUUUUCCGGCGGCGGAAGGUGCAAACGGUGCGGCUAGGUGGGAAGAAGCCACGGCGCCGAAUUUUUGGGCUACUUAGAAUAUUUAGGAGGAUGCGUGUGAGGUGGCUCAAGUUACAAUAUGUUCGCAUGUUGAAGAGGCUUAAGGAACAUUACCGAAACCUUGUUAAGGAUCUUGUUGAAGCUGGAGCCACUAUUGAAACCUUUCAUCAACGCCUUUUUAUGGAAAGCACUUUUGCUAUCCCUGUUGGCGUUAACUUAUCUACUUACCCUUCUCGUUUUGGAUCUGAUCGCCCUCGAACCAUCUUCAUGUAA